AUUUAUGAACUUUGCACUGAAGCGGACCAUUUGUGUUAUUCAUUGAUGCAAGACUAAAAACAGACAACAGUCUGAUUCGUUUGACAAAGACCAUCCUUUAAUGAAAUGCAAAAAUUACUCUGGAUUUGCUGAAUUCCUGUGUUGGCUGGUUGGUAUUAAUAUGGCAACCUAUUUGUAACCGUUAGUGUAAUGGUAAAAUGCACUGUUAACAUGGCAUGUCUACAAAAUCAAAAAGCUCUUAUAACAUGGUGAGCAAAUACGUACUUAAGUCCUAAGUCAUCCUCACGCUUAGAACUCCAACUCCCAGAAGUCUCUGCUGCUUCUCUCAUAACAAAUAUCGUCACAUGGACACUGUUUCAACAAAAAUAAACCUAGUGCACUCAUGUUGAUUUUGUUUAUAUGUCACGCUAAUAUUUCCCAAUGGAAAAUCCUGCAAUAAUGGAAAUGACAGCGGCACGGCGUUCGAACUUUGGAGAUAUUGGGUUUUGGGCAGACCGAACCGCGUUGCAUGAGGCCGCGUCCUUAGGCAGGGCCCUUCAAGUGAAACAGCUGAUUGAGGGUGGAGCAUCUGUAAACAUGGUGACAGUAGACAAUAUCACCCCGCUCCAUGAUGCCUGCAUCCAGGGACAUCCAAACUGUGUUCGACUGCUACUAGAUGCAGGGGCUCAGGUGGACGUGAGGACCAUCCAUGGCAGCACUCCUCUCUGUAACGCCUGUGCUGCGGGGAGCCUGGAGUGUGCAAAGAUGCUGCUGGAACAUGGAGCCAAAGUCAACCCCUCCCUCACAGCACUCACUGCCUCUCCUCUGCAUGAGGCCUGCAUAAAGGGUAAUGCAGAUAUAGCGAGGCUAAUGAUAGCGCAUGGAGCCUUGCUAGAGGCCUUUGAUCUCCAGUUCGGUACCCCGCUACAUGCUGCCUGUGCCAAGGAACAUGUGGACUGUGCCAGGGUGCUGCUCAAAGCAGGUGCCAAGGUGAAUGCAGCUAAGUUCCAUGAGACGGCUCUCCACCAUGCUGCCAGAGUAGAGAUGGUGGACAUGAUUGAGUUACUGGUGGACUUUGGCGGCAACGUGUAUGUCACAGACAACGACAACAAAAAGCCCAUAGACUACACCAAGCCUGGCUCUCCCACUGAACAAUGCUUACAGUAUUAUGAAAGUACUCCUCUGAGUCUGCAGCAACUUAGCAGAGUGACGCUGAGGACGUUGCUGGGUACCAGAGCUCUGGAGGUAGUAGGUCAACUGGACAUAUCUCAACGUACCAUCAGCUACAUUCUCUGUGAGGGGUGUUGAUGCUGCCUUAUGAACUGACUCGUGGAUGGAUUCCCAAAGGAAUAUCAGAAAAAGGAGAAUGCUUGAAUACUAAGCUAGGACACAUCUCAUCAUCUUCAUAUGGUUUGUUUACUGUGGGACACACAUACAAAUUGAUGUGAUUUAUUACUGUGUUAUAAGCGGUAACACAUUGUAAAAUACAUUUCAAGAAGGCCUGCUGCAAUUGUUCUAUUCUAUAGAGAUGAAAGCUUGUUUUAGCAUGGUUAGGGAAAAUAAAGCCAAACAAUGUCA